AACAAGAUAUGACGUAUUAUGCGAGACGCGCAUGCGUUGUGUUGAAUAACAAACAUGAUACAAAUAAACUUUGAUUUGAAAAAUGUUGUUUUUUAGAAGAAUAUUUACUUAUCAAACGAGCAUUGUGCUUCGUAUGCAAUCCACGCUAUGGCCAACAAUACUUAUAAAACGUGGUGCAAGAGAAAAUGGCGAAAUUUGGCCAAGGAACGAGGAAACGGAGCGUUAUCUUCGCGAUCGUUUUCAAGUGCCAAAGAAAUCAGCUCGACUUUUGUCAAAAGUUUGCAAAGUGUCGGACAUAGAUGAACGUGUACAGUACUUUUACACGAUAGGACUAACAGAAGAGAGUAUUCGAUUAGUGUUUAAAAAAUUCCCUAGGGCGAUUAUGACCUGCGAAGUAGAAGCAAUGGAUAAGAGAGUUAAAUUUCUCUCAGAAUACACUAGACAUUUUAAGGAUCCAAGUGUAUUGAUAACCCAUCUGAUACCACAAUAUCCAAUACUGCUUUCGCAUCCUGUUCACACGAUGAGGAAACGAAUUCAUUUACUGGAAAAAUGUGAUCUAACAAAAGAGGAGAUAGCAAAAGUCCUGAGAUACAAUCCUAUUUCCAUCCUAACAAAAAUAGAGGAUACAUUUGAAGAUCUUGUGAAUUACUUGAAAGACAGUGGCCUUCCUGACCAAACAAUUCAUAAAAUUUUUACCAUUCAGCCAAGGUCUAUAACAUUCCGCUGGGAAGCUAUCGAGAAACGAGUGAGGUUCUUCAUGGAUGAACUAGGAUAUUCAAAGGAACGAAUAACACAAGUGUUCACAAACACUCCAAUGGUACUCACAGCCAGUGUGGAAAGAAUGAGGGAACGAAGUGACUUCAUUAAGAAUGAAAUGGGGCUAACGAACCGGUCACUCGUUAGAUCACCACUUGUUUUGAGAUACUCGUUAGAUAGACUAAAGUGGCGAUACUAUUAUCUUUGUCAUAUAGGUUACAAGUUUACAGAUGAUACACACUUACUUAGUAUUCUCUAUGUGACGGAUCGACUUUUUGCAAAAUAUGUAGCAAAACAACCUUUAGAUGAUGUAUUAUCCUUUAAGGAGGAAUUUUUUGAAAGGUUAAUCACAGCUAAUCAAGAUUUGCAAAAAGUUAGAAAAACCUAAGAAUUUCGUUUAGUUCAUUGUUCAAUAAAAAUAAGUCUAAGCUCAUUUUUACAUUACUAAUUUAUUUUUAAAUAUCUUUGCGUUUCAAAAUACCUUAAACACAGAUGGGUAAGAUUUUGAAAAUUCAUAAUCUACACGAAGAAGGUAUUUUGAUUAUAAAAUUGAUCUACAAUGAUUUAUUUUGCCUACUUGGCUGAAAAUAAAUUGUUAGCGCAUAUAUUUACUCUAACAUAAAACUUUUAACUAGGUCAUAGAUGAAAAAUUUAUUCACAUUAACAUUUCAUCUUGCACAUAUAAACAAUCCAUCCAUGAAACUCUUCUCAUUUCCACACUUCAUACCAAUCUUAAUGUCCAUGCAUGUUCCAAUCUAGUUCUACUUUAUCAUAUAAUGCUCAAAAUUUCAACAUAUUGUCAUCAUCACAUUUUGCAAUCUAACACUUAAAUAUAUAAUAGUAAAUAUGUUUUUUAAACUUUAUAUGUAAUUUGCUUGAUCUGAUCUGAUAUCUUAAGUUAUUAAAAAAAAUUACUAGAAAUGAUA